GUUUUACACGAAACAUCCGACGUUACAGUUCUGUAUCUAUUAUCUGACACCCACUCGUGCGAGCCUGCACACGCUGUCGACACCGCGUCAGCACAGGCGUUUUUUCGUGGCACUCCCGAACGCGCGACGCUGGACGCGGUGACCAAUGGACUGCCGAUACCAUGAAUCGGUGCUGGCAGCGCUGGCGAGCAGCGGCGUGGCGUCUCCGCAGCAGGUCGCGGAGGUGCAGCUCGUGCUGCGGGGGCUGACAGGGGAGUGCGCUGCGGACGCGCCCGAGAUAUGGUCGCACCUCGCCCGCCGCGUGCUGCUGCCCUCACACGAUUUUGCGGCGCACCUGGCGCUGGCGGACGUCGUGUUCCGACCCUGGCCCGCCGCCGCACUGGGCCGGCCGCCGCUGUGGCUGCCUGAGCCCGCAGACGCCCGCCGCACCAACAUCGCGCUGUUCCUGGACAGCAUACGGGACGAGCCAUGGUGGAGAGACGUCACGGGCGGCAGCAGUGGCAGCAGCAGCUGCCGCCGCACGCCGGAGGCCUUGGUCCGCGAAUGGCGGCUGCUGCAGCGGGCAUCGUGGGAGGCGCCGGAGGCCUUCUGGCCGGCGGUGCUUCGGCACCUGCGCAUCCGCUUCCACACGCCGCCCAGCAGGGCGCUACUGCGGCACCCGUCCGACCCCGACCAGUGCCGCUGGCUGCCGGGUGCGCGCCUCAACAUCGCCGCCGCCGCACUGGACUCGGAGCUUGCGCCGCCGGGCUGCCCAGCGCUGCUGUGGGCGCCGGACGGCGAACCGGGGCGCAUCACGGCCUUCAGUCGGGCGCAGCUGCGGCAGCGGGUGGCGCAGGUGGCGGCCAGCCUGAGGCGCCACUUCAAGCCAGGUGACGCCCUGGCUCUGUACCUGCCGCUCUCGCCCGACUCGGUGGCGCUGUAUCUGGCGGCGGUGGUGACGGGCUGCGUGGUGGUGUCGGUGGCCGACUCCUUUUCCUCGGAGGAGCUGCGCACGCGGCUGGACAUAGCGGGGGCAGUGGGCGUGUUCACGCAGGACGUGGUGCUGCGCGGCGGCAAGGCACUGCCGCUGUACGACAAGGUGGUGCGCAGCGGCAGCCGCGCCGUGUGCGUGGUACUGCCGGCGGCGGGCGGGACAGCAGCGCCCUCGCCCUCCGCGCCGCCGCUGCGCUCUGGGGACUUGUCCUGGCGCGCCUUCCUCGGCGCUGCUGCGCCGUGGCCGCAGGCGGGGGGCGGGCCGCCGGAGGCAAAGGCGGCGGAGGCGGAGGCAGUGGCGCUGCGGCCGCACAUUGCUGACGUGUACGAGGUGACCAACAUCCUGUUCUCAUCCGGCACCACGGGCGAGCCCAAGGCCAUCCCCUGGACGCACCUGACGCCGCUGCGCUGCGCGCUGGACGGCUGGGCGCACAUGGAUGUGCGGCCCGGGUCGCGUGUGUGCUGGCCCACCAGCCUGGGCUGGAUGAUGGGGCCCUGGCUGCUGUAUACCGCGCUGCUCAACGGCGGCACAGUGGCGCUGUACGGGGGGGCGCCGCUGGGUCGGGACUUCCUGGAAUUCGUGUCGGCGGCGCGCGUGGAGGUACUGGGGCUGGUGCCGUCCAUCGUGCGGGCUUGGCGCCACGGCGGCGCCUUUGACCCCCCGAAGUCGGGGUCGGAGGCCGCGCCAGGCGCCGGCACAGCGGCGGCGGCGGCGGCUCUGCCUGACCUGUCGGCCCUCCGCGUGUUUGGCAGCACUGGCGAGGCGUCGGCGGCGGAGGACUACCACUGGCUGAUGUCACGAGUCCGCGGCUACCGGCCUGUUGUGGAGUACUGUGGCGGCACGGAGAUUGGCGGCGGUUACAUCAGCAGCACCCUGCUACACCCCUGCGCGCCAGCCACCUUUUCCACGCCCACGCUGGGCACGCGGCUGGUGCUGCUGACGUCAGCCGAGUCGGCCGCCGCGGGCGAGGACGCCCUCGGCGACGGAGCGUCCGCAGUGUGUGACGGCGGGCCCUCGUGGUGGAGCGCCGCUGGUGACCGCUUCCUCUCCACCUCUACGCCUGCCGCUGCCGCCGCUGCCUCCAGCUCCGCCGCUCCACCCAUUGGUGUGGCAGCGGCCGGCGGCAUGGUGGCGGCAGUUGCAGGUGGUGGUGGCGGUGGUGGUGGUGUGCUGCUGGCAGGCGAGGUGGCGCUGGCAAUGCCCAUGCUGGGCGUGUCGCAGCGCCUGUUGAACAAGGACCACCACAAGGUGUACUACGAGGGCAUGCCACUGUACGGCAGUACAGGUCUGCCGCUGCGCCGCCACGGCGACGAAAUGGCGGCGCUGCCGGCGGCGGCGGGGGCCUGCAGCGGCAGUGGCGGAAGCGGCGGGCCGCCAGGAUGGUGCUAUGCGGCGCUAGGGCGAUGUGAUGACACAAUGAAUCUGGGGGGGAUAAAGGUGUCUUCGGUGGAGUUGGAGCGGGCGGUGGUGGAGGGCGUGCAGGGCGUGGCAGAGGUGGCGGCCAUCGGCGUGGCGCCGCCGCACGGGGGUCCAGAGGAGCUGUAUCUGUUCCUUGUACUUAGCAGUGCCGGCAGCAGCAGUAGCAGCAGCAGCGGCAGCAGCAGCGGCAGCAGCAGCGGCAGUAGCACCAGCAGCGGCAAUGCCGGCACCGGGCCCCAGCAGGCGGACAUGCCGGCGCUGCACCGGGCGUGUCAGGAGGCGGUGCGCAGCAAGCUCAACCCGCUGUUCAAGGUGACGCGAGUGGCAGUGGUGCCGCUGCUGCCCCGCAAUGCCAGCAGCAAGGUGAUGAGGCGCGUGCUGCGCGACGAGCUGCUGAAGCAGGGGCGGUCCAGGCUGUGAUGGAUGUGCGAUGGGACAAGGUUAAGGCAGUUUGGCGAAUUCCCGUAGGGUGCAGCUGAACUGCUGAAGCAGGGGCGGUCCAGGCUGUGAUGGAGCGAACUGCCGUACGCGGUUGUUGACGUGGCCAUGCGGCUCAACCGCCGGCACUCUCUGGAGUGAUCGCUUGAGCGGGGAGUGCCGGAGUGCACGUGAUGUAUCAAAAGAGACUUGGACGUUGUAUGCAUACUGUGAGCAAGAGGGUGUGAGUGAUAACAUCCAUGAGCUGGAGGGCAGUGGCUUGGAAAAUGGCUCUGAAGGUGCGGGUGCGGUUGUGUAGUUCAGCAGUGCCAGCUGGCGGCAGUUGUACAUUAUGGUGUUGCUGGCGUGACGAGGCGGAGGCUGUAACUGACAUGGUGUAUGCCACAUCGUUGCCGCUUAUAUGCUGGUCCGGUUAGGAAUUCAACACACUAAAGCACGGCC